CAAAGCUGAUUUUAUGAUUGUGCUCGUUGUUCGUGAUCCUGCGAUUUUAUCGUGAAAAUCUUGGAAAAAUCCCGUUCAGAAACCGAAAAUUUGUAUUCCGGAUCGUUCCCGGACGUUUUCGCCAUUGAAGAACGCCAAGCGGAGUCCCACAUUCGUCAUGGAAUAGUAUUUAAAGUGCAUCGGCCGAAAACAAUACGAUUCUUCUAUGAAAAUGCCGGCUUCUACUGUGGACGUUGUCGGAGCUGCUCUGAAAGCCUCGUUGGCCAAAAACAAGGAGGAAGGUUCGAAUUUGGACGCACAACUGGCGGGAAGCACUAAAAAGGCUCUUUUGGCUACUAUUGAGUUUGAACCUGCCGAGAAUUACCAAAGCUCAGUACUAGACGUGUUGAAAUCUAAAUAUAUUGUUCUCAAAUCGCCUGAAAAUCAACAGCUGAAUUCAACCAAACCCGAACAAGAACCCCAGUCCGAUGACACCCUCAAAUUGGCCAAACGCGAACUGUACUCGUCAGAAAAAAUCCAACUGGGAUGGUCAAACACAGGUGAUUGGUCAGUGGGCGCAGGUAUGGUCAAUAUGGGCAACACUUGCUACCUCAAUUCUACCCUCCAAGCCCUAUUUCACGUGCCUUCCCUGGUCAACUGGCUUAUCUCAGACAAGGAGCACAACUCAGACUGUUCUGACACUGGCUCGUGUAUUAUAUGCGCCAUGCGCAAAACUUUACUAGAGUCCCAACAACGUAACAUGUCGUCAAUUCGGCCAAUGUUAAUCUACAACAAAUUGAGGAUGGUUUGCAGAAAUUUGAUUCCUGGCAGGCAAGAGGACGCCCACGAAUUCCUUAGGUAUUUGGUUGAAGCUAUGGAAAAGUCUUAUUUGCAGCGGUUUAAAAAUCAUAGUCAGUUUGAUUCAAAAGUCAAAGAAACAACUCCUUUGAAUCAAAUUUUGGGUGGUUAUUUGCGGUCGGCUGUAAGGUGUUUGAGGUGCGGACAUGUUAGUACAACUUUCCAGCAUUUUCAAGAUUUACUAGUCGAUAUAAGAAAGGCACAGACUGUAGAUGAAGCACUAGAACUUUAUUUUAGUAGGGAAAAAUUAGAUGAUGAAAGCUACCAAUGUGAGUCAUGUCAGAAAAAGGUUCAAGCAACUAAACAAUUUCAAUUAGAGAGGGCGCCCAUGGUACUUUGUGUUCAAUUGAAGAGAUUCUCUGUUAGCAAUAAUAAAAUUACAAAGCAUGUUAAUUUUAGACAGCGGUUGGAUGUUAGUAGAUAUGCAAGACAAAAGCCAGAUGUCCCACUAAUUUAUCGUUUAGUAGCAAUAGUGACUCACAUGGGUCCCACAGUGAGUUGUGGCCACUAUACAGCCGUAGCUCAAGCACCUUCUGGAAGUUUUUAUCAGUUUGAUGACAGCAUGGUGAGACCCAUCUCACACCAAACAGUUUUCAACACAAACGCUUAUAUUAUGCUCUACGAGUUGGAGCCUUCUUCUCACUCGCCUAAAUCCGUCCAGAUACUGAAAAAUAAGGCGCCAAGUACCAUUACUGAACCCGCUCCUACUCCAUUGAAAAUAAAUCAACCCAAAAGUCCAAACAAUAAAGUUAGUUUAUGUGAAAACAACACACCAAAAGUUCCCCUCAUCAGUGCUAGUAAGCUACCUUUAGGCGUCGGUUUUACUAGCAAUAAAGUUUAUGGACCAGAACUGCCACCUGAUAAACAAAACGUUACUUCAACCAAUGGCAAAUCAAAAGCUACUAGUUCCUCCCUAUCAACUGAAGUAACUGACGAAUCAAGCACAGACAGUAGUGAAGAGGAAGUAGAGGCAAAACCUUCUUCACCUUCUACACCAAAAGAACCUGAUAGUUCUACAAGUAUUGAAAAAGGGGCCAACAAUAGUAGAGACAAUUCGCCUAGUUCUUCAACUGUAUCGACCAGCAUUUCUAGUUUAUCAAGUCCUGAAACGCCAAACACUAAAAAAAGUUCCACUAAAAGCUUAGUUCAAUAUGAAAUAGAUACUAGCAGUAGUGAUGAUUCAAAUCAUUCAGAACAAAAUAAUAGAGUUAGCACUAAAGCAAAUGCAAAUGACUGGCAGGUUACUUCAUCCACAGAUGUUAUGCCACAACAUGGCAACACUCCUAAGAGCUCGUGGGUUGUUAAGAAUAAAAUUGAACAACCUUCAAAUGGUCAUGUAGUUAAUGAACUUUUCAAAUUGUCUAGCUCUGGCUAUUCAGCUCCAGUGUCUACUUGGAAUGGGAACAGAUCUCAACUGGACAAAGAAGUUCAACAAGAGAAACGUGAAGACAGGAAACGCAGCUUGGCUGACAGUUCAGUGGAUCAGGGCAGGGCCAAACAUCAAAAAGUGAGCUCAACUUUUGACAAAGCCAAGAGCAAUCCAGGCUAUAAUCCAGUACAGGAAUAUCACAAUAUGAAAAACUGGAACAACAGUAACGGUACUAACGGGUACCAUCACAAGCCUUACUACCAUGCCAAUAGGCACAAAAGGAACAAUUUCCAUCAUCAAAACAAGAGCGGGUUUCACAAGAACAACGGAUACAGAUUCCGGUAAUGACAGAGUUGAAGUUAACUGAAUAUUUUAAUUUAAGAGUUUUUAAUUGAAUCAAAUUAGUUGUAUUUGGGUUCAUUUCGCGAGGCAUUUAUUUUAUUUACCAAGUAACUUUGUGCAAUUUGUCCCGUGUAAAUUAAUGCCGCGGUUUCAAAUAUGCUGUGUAAAAUAUAAUGUGUAUAUGUAUUACUCUUAAAAAGUAUCUCUACAAGUAAAAUAAAUGAAUUAUUUAUCACUAAUGAAAAAAGAUAGUAUUUUAAGUCAGGUGGCUUAUUCCUGUAAACAAUAUUAGAAUAAUUUAUAAAGAGUUUUUUUUUGUGGCUUUUAUUAGAAGUGAAGUAAGUAUGAAGUUUAAUUUUUGAUUCUUAGAUUUUUAAUCUGUUCCAUAUUUAUCAGUUUUUACAAUUUUUGUGUAUAUUUAUUUGUGUUACUUUUGUAAACCCAUUUUUCAAGCAAAUUCUUAGGUUGUAUUUAUUAGUUUUUCACCCUAUGAAUUUAACUGUUGUAUAUAUAAAUAUAUAUGUUUUGUGACUUUUUAACAUUUGAAUAAAGUCUCAAGU